AACUCAACUUUAAUUAACCUAUGAGUAGUGUUGGUUUUAACUUUACUGGCUAUGGAUUAUUAUUUGGUCGAAGCAUAUAGGACGCCUUAUUAUUAGAAAGCCCUCACAGGAUGGUUAAAGUUUAUUGUACGGUAUGUCAUAAACGAUGUAAAGGUGAUGUAUUGAAAAUUGAACAACAAUUUGUUCAUUACAAAUGUUUUCAAUGUAUCAAAUGUCGUAAAAAUUUAAAACAAGGUGGAUUUUUUGUUAAAGAUAAAAAUUUCUACUGUCCAAAUGAUUAUCAAACAGAAUUUGGUGUAAGAUGUGAAACGUGUCAUGGUUAUGUAGAAGGUGAAGUUGUUACAGUAUUGGGGAAAACAUUUCAUACUCAUUGUUUUCGUUGUACAACAUGCAGACGUUUAUUCAAUUCAGGUGAACGGACCACCAUCGUGGAUGGAUCUUAUUAUUGUAUGUCAUGUUCAUCAAAUCUUACAAAUGGUGAUGUACUGCAUAAAACUGUCGAUGGUAACGCACGUGAUAGUAGUGCUGCGGCUGCUACUAUUACCAAUGGAUCGAAUGGUGUCUGUUCUACUUCAUCUUCUCCAUCAUCUAAUUCUGCUUCAUCAAAAUCAGAUCACUUUAAUCCAUUAUCGUUGUCAACAUCUGGUCAUCAAUCACAAACAUUACCUACAAUAAGAACUUCUCCCACUUCUACACCAAUACAUCAUUCAGUUAAUCAUACUGACGGUAAUAACACUCAAAAUCAUAAUCAUUAUCAACAAAAUCUCAUUUCUGACGCUAAUCUUAAAUCAUUUACAUCUCUUAAUGAUCAACUUAGUGUACAAAUUCAUGAAAAUGGAUGUUCAAUUCCUGGCAGUGAAUACCAUAAACAGAAGUUAGAAGAACAUGGGAUGGGACCAGUAACGAUUGAUACUUUACUAUCUACUACACCUGGACAAACUGUAUCACCUAAUUCAUUUACACCAUCAGCAUGUGAAAGACGUAUCUGUCCACCAGGUGUUGAUUAUGGUCGUCAAUAUCCUAUAUCGUAUCUUCAAUUAGCAGAACAAGGUUUUACCGCUAUAAUGAGUAGUGAAGAAUUAAAUCCUACUAUGAAUAAUGAAAAUGUUGGUCAUCGAUCUAGAUCAUUAGCAAGAUCUAAUCAUUUCAGUUCAUCACAUCAUACACCAAGUCAUCAUCAUAUAUCAAGGCGAGAUGUAGUUAGAUCAGCGACAAGUAAUUCUAUGCCGUUCCGACGUUCAAAUGAUAUUGAAUUACAAAAGCAAGUAAAUGGAUAUAGCCCAUCUAAAUUGCCAAGUUAUAGUGGUACAUCGAUAUCUGUUGGAGUAUCGAACACACCGAUUUCACUAACCGGUCGACCUAAACGUGAUAUGUAUGUUCGACAACGUCAACUUUCACCUGGUUCCAGUUCUCUUGGGUCUGGUGUUAUGGGUUUUCGUCGUUCGGAACGAAUGAAUUCAUCUACAUUACCACCAGGCUUAGAAAAUAUGCGCCAAUCAACAGGUCGUUAUUCCUGUCGAUCUACUCCGAAUGUAACUGGGAAACGUGGAAUGACUCAGUUAGCUGAAUCACUUGUUCGACCUCGAGUUGAUCGUACUGCUAGUCCACCAUCUGCUACACUUUAUUGGUCUGAAGCGCGAAGACUUGCUUCUUUUCCAAAUGCUCGUUUACCAGAUUCCAAUAGUUUACCGGCUAUAGACAGAUAUGAUUUUCCUGCUCCACCUUCACCGGCUGUUGUUAUGAUUGAUAAACGUCGUGAGAAACGUAUGACUGGUGUACAGUCAGUUGGUGUAGAUAGUAGAAAUGGUACUUUAAGGAAUGGAACAAUGACAUCAGUCGAUACAGACUGGACUGAUCGGGAUCCUGUAUUAAAUGCUAAACUAGAUCGAAUUGAUGCUGAGAUUGAGACAUUGAAACGAUUAGGUGAAAGUUCCGGUAUUACAGCGGCUCUUAUUCAAGAAUUGGAAGCCAGUAAAUUACAUGUUCAUGAAACAGAUUUAGAUCCAAUUUCUGCUUCACGAUCACCGAAUGCAAAUGUAGAACCUGGUUACAAAACACGAUAUAGACGGCAUGGAUAUACAUCUCCAUCACGUGAUACUAGGAGAGACCGUCGAAGUGGUCAUAAUUUAUCCUAUCGAUUGGAAUAUUCCAGUACCGGUGGACGUUCAGGAACUAUACCGAGUUUCUCAUCAACUCCACGUCCUGGCUACACGUCUGGAAUACUUUAUGGUCGAGCGGUUAGUUUACCGCGACCAUUUAUCGGUGUAGAAAAUGGUGAUACACUAUUAGAUCAAAGUACAUUGUCUGGACAUGUUCCAGUUGCAAGUUCAGGUAUACGUGGAUCUUUAUCAACAACUUUGAGAACAAUCCCAUCACGUCAUAGUUAUCAUCCAGGUGGACAUUCCAAUCAUUCAGAUGAAGUUAUCAAUGGUCCUGACCGUACAGUCACUGUAUCGGAAUCACUGAAUACUAAUUUUAUCGAAAAUGAAUCACGUCCAAUUGGUUUUCAUGAUGGAUUAGGUUCAUUGACAACAUCAGGUUUAUCAAUGGAUGGUUUUAUGGCAGAAUCCGGUGAUGAUAUAACUAUUACUAGUCCACAUAAUGGUUAUUUUUUAAAAUCCAGGACUGUAGCUGGUCUGCCUAGUUCUGUAACAGGUCUUCGACCAGUUGGUUUACCACCACAUCAUCCUUAUCAUCAUCAUCAUUACAAAACUAGUAGUUCAGCAAUGAGGCGUGGACGCAUUAGUACUCCAGGACCAACUAGAAGUGGUAGUGGUAUAGGUUAUUUAACUGAUCCUGAUCUACUAGAUAUUGAUGCUUAUCCGUCUGUACAAAGUUGGUUAAGGCCUACUGCAUCAUCAUCAUCGAAAUAUGAAAAGUCUUUCAAAAUUUAUCCUUAUGAAAUGUUAAAAUUAUCAUCAAAUCAAUUAUUGAAAGGAGUGGAUCGAACACAGUUAGAGUGUUAUUUAUCAACCGAUGAAUUUGAACGUUUAUUCAAUAUGUGUCCUGAAGCAUUUCAACGUUUACCUGAAUGGAAAAGAAAUGAUUUAAAAAAGAAAUUAGAUUUAUUAUAAUUAAUUCAUUGAAAUAUAAUUGACAAAUGUUCUUUAAUAAAUAAAAAGUCACAUUGAUGAUAAGGAUGAUGAUGAUGAUAAUAAUAAUAAUAAUAAUGAUAGAAUAAAUGAUUAAAAUAUAUCCCAAAAAGUAAUGAAACUAAUUUAUUGAUUUUAUUCAAUAUUUAAAAAUGAAUAGAAUAAGAACCCUCCCCCCCCCAUGCUGUUCAAGUUAAUUUCUGAUUUUAAUUCCUCUUAUCAUCAUCAUCAUCAUCAUCUUUAUUGAAAUAAUGUAUGAACAAAACUAAAGAUUCAUUGUUGAAAUAUAUCAACUUGUCGUUUUCUUUUUUUUUGUGUGUGUGUUCAUUAUGUGCACAACAUCUUCAUGUUGGUCUGUUGCACUUUAUUUAUUAUUGUAUGUAUCCAUGUAAAAGUCAGUAAGAGUUUGUACGAUCAUCAUCAUCAUCAUCAUCAUUGUCACCAUGAUCACAAUCAAUAUAUAUAUCACAUUGAUAGUAGUUUCAAAAUUCAAUGAUAUUGAUUCAUUUAUUCGACUUUUAUUUCGCUUUUUUUAUUGUCAAAUUGUAUUUUAUUUCUUUUUUUUCUCUUUUUUUUGUAAAAUAAAAUCUCUUUAUUUUUGCAAAAAAAAAACUAAAUAUACAAUUUUCUUUUUUUUCUUUUUUUUCUAAAGCAAACCAACUUUGUUUUUUUUUUUCGUGUUAUAUUUUGAUUUUCUCAUUUUACUUCUUAGUUCUAAGCAUAUACAAGUUUUAUUUUGUGAUCCUUGGAAACGAUUUAUAUUCAUAAUGGGAACAUAAUGAUUAUCAUUAUGAACACACUGCUAGAUAUGAAUAUAACUAAGUAUGAUUAUGUCGAGAUUUUUGUUGUUGUUUAUUAUUCAUUGAAUACAGUCUGUAAUUCGGCUUGAGUAACUUUAUAUAAUCGAGUGUUUAUAUGUGUGUACAGUGCAUAUUAUUACUAUAAUUAUUAUUAUCAUUAUUAUUACUACUACUAUUAAUGCUGUGCUUCAUCUUAACCCUGGUUUUCAUAGGUAUUUACACUCAAUUACUCACAUCGUAUGUGCCUCUCUCUUCCUAUAUAUAUAACCUGUAUUUCGUCCUUUAUUAACGAAAUGUAUCAACGUUAGUUUUAUGUUUUAUGUUUAUUAUGAUGUUCUUAUGAACUUGAACAAGUGAAUUAAUGUUUUUUGUUUCCCUUUCAAAGAUGAAUUCUUAUUCUCCUUGUUCUUAUCAUCAUUCUUUUAUAGUUUCACAUGAUAACAAAUUUAUAUUGUAUUAAAUAUUGUUCGCUUUUGUACAGCAGUUGUUGUUGAAUGUGUUGAGAAUACUCCUACUUAAUACAGAUUUUCGAUUGAGCAAACAUAGAUCUUUUUUUUUCUUUUAUUUUGAAAACAAAGAUAAUGAAUUUCAUUUCAUCUUCUAGGAACUUUGAAAAUAAAAACAAAAGAGUAAUCAAACAGUAAUGCAAAUGUAUUUCAUCAUGUUAUCUCUUUUCUUUUUCCUGGAAACAAAUAUAACUCUUCAUUGAUAUGUCAAUUACCGAGACUUAUUGCUCAAUGUCUUUAACGGUAUACAUAUUCUACUUGACAAAAUGGUGUAUGCAUGUCAAAGAGAACAACAUUAACAUUUCACUUAUGUUUGUAAUAUAUAACGUUUGAUGAAUUCAUAUAUGCAAGUGUAAUAUUAUAUGUAUGUGAGAAAUAAUUUUAGAUUGUGUUGUCUUUAUUAUCUGUUAACAUUGGCUAUCAGUUGUUCACAAAGUCUUUCUCUGAUAUCAUUCUUUCUUGCUCUGACUAUUUCUCUUGCCUCUUAAUUAUAAAUUAGCUAUUUAUUUGUGUGUACACAUUGUGCACAAAAAUAUCUCGACUAUUCGAUUGUAUGUGAAAAAGAAACAUCUUUCAAGCAUAGACAUAUAUAUAUAUAUAUAUAUAUCUUGAACUAGAAAAGAUAAUUCCUAUACAGUGAAGAUUCUUCUCAACUUUUGAGUCUUAUUAAUUUAACUAAGAAUUUGUUCAUCUAUGUUGGUUUGCUUUAUUUAAACCUUCUUAGAAUUUCUUUAAUAGUCUUUCUUAUUUCGUUGUCAUUGACGCCUUUUCUUGUUCUUUUUUUCUGUCCAUUUCGAUGCUGACUACUUACUUAUUCAUUUUGUAUCUCUUAUAGCUUAAGAAAAAAAAUCAGCUUUCUUUAAUGUAUGCAAAUACUCAUUCACACGUAUACAAUUGCACAUUUAGCAAAACUAAUGGGUGAAUUCACGUUGAUUUGAUUUGUGUGUUCUUUUCCUCCCAAUCUGUUAGAAGAUUGUGUUAAACAUACUGUGUUAAUGAUGUUGAUGCAUUUUCUUUUCGUUGAUUCUUGUUGCGUCUUUCUCUUCUCUUGGCUAAAUUUGUUCGUUAAUCUCACUUUUGUUUGUUAUUGUUGUUGUUGUCUAUUUUGAUUGUCAAAUUAUAUGAAUACUGAAGAAAAAAAGAAUAAAAUAGAGAAAUAUAAUUAUCAAAAAAAAAUAGUCAGAGAAUAAUG